AGCCCACUGCCCCAUUUCUCAACCAACGCCUUGAGAGACCCUUUUAUUUCUCCUCUCUGCAAGAUUUCAUUCGCGCAAACAGGAAAGAAGAAAGAGGGGACCCUUUUCAUCUUUUCACUUGUGAAUUCUGACCCCAGAGAAAAAAAGUUUGAUCUUUUUUCGAGAAAUGUAUCACUGGUCUUCAUCAGUCAGAGUUGAUGACGAGUUCCAGAAGCUUGCUUCUAGAAUCAACCCACCGAGGGUAACUAUUGACAAUGCAGUUGAUGACAAGGCGACGCUCAUAAAGGUUGACAGUGCUAAUAAGAGGGGGUGUCUGUUGGAGGUGGUGCAAGUCCUUACUGAUCUGAAUCUGCAAAUCAAGAGGGCUUACAUUUCUUCUGAUGGGGGAUGGUUUAUGGAUGUUUUUCAUGUCACGGAUGAAUUUGGAAGUAAGGUCUAUGAUGAUAACAUUUCUGAGAAAGUUCAACAGUCCCUGGGACCAAGAGGGUGCAGCUUCCGAGCGCUGGAGAGGUCCGUUGGUGUGCAGUCCGCUACAGAGCAUACAAUGAUUGAGUUAUCUGGUCCAGACAGACCAGGAUUGCUAUCAGAGAUCUUUGCCGUUCUUGCUGAUCGUAAGUGCAAUAUAGUUGCUGCAGAAGUAUGGACCCACAACUCGAGAAUGGCUUCUGUUGUUUACAUUACCGAUGAAGCAAAUGGAAUGCCAAUAGAUGAUCCUGAUCGGCUUAAUAACAUCAAGCAGCUGCUUCUCUAUGUUUUAAAAGGCAGCAAAGAAUGGCAAAGUGCCAAUACAGCUGUCUCCGUUGGUUCUACUCAAACUCAGAGAAGGCUGCAUCAAAUAAUGUAUGCUGACCGUGAUUAUGACAAUCUAAAUGUCGGUAGCGUGACUGAUGAACGGAUCAAGCCCCUCGUGGCUGUUGAAAACUUUGUAGAAAAGGGGUACACCGUUGUGAACAUGAGCUGUCCGGAUCGACCUAAGCUGCUCUUCGAUACAGUAUGCACCAUAACCGAUAUGCAAUACGUGAUUUUCCAUGGAACUAUAAAUGCUGAAGGGCCGGAGGCUCAACAGGAAUAUUUCAUUCGGCAUACGGAUGGAUACCCCAUUAAUUCAGAAGCUGAAAGACAGCGCGUGAUUAAUUGCCUCGAAGCAGCAAUUAAGAGGAGAUCAUCUGAGGGAAUAAAACUGGAAUUAUGCAGUGAUGACAGGGUUGGCCUUUUGUCGGAUUGCACCCGUAUAUUCAGGGAAAAUGGUCUCUCAGUCAUCCGAGCUGAGGUCACAACGAGGGGCACGCAGGCAGUGAACAUUUUCUACGUGACUGAUGUAUCCGGAAACACUGUCAAAAGUGAGACCAUCGAGGCAGUAAGGAAAGAAAUCGGGCUGACCGUACUGCACGUGAAGGAGGAUGCAUACUCCACCUCACCGCCUCAGCAAGGUGGCGGAUUCUCUCUAGGUAGCAUCUUUCGCUCAAGAUCUGAAAAAUUCCUUUACAACUUAGGCCUUCUUAAAACAUGCUCCUGAAAGGUUAGCCAUUGUGGUAAAUAUUAGGUGGCUUAAACAUAUACCUUAGUGCAGCUCGAAGAGUUAGCAAGGUAGUUGUCUUCUAAAAAAACGGUUCAGUUAGGGCUAAAAACAGUGGCAGUAGUAUAUUACUAACCCUGUAAAGCUUAUAACUGUAUAUUUCAAUUCAGUGUUUUUGUCCUUUAUUUGUUGUAAAUUGCAUUAAUAUUCUUCU